CAGAUAUUUGGAUUAUUAAUUUAAAUUUAUAAUAUUGGAUGUGGGCUCUUUUUUUUUCGCACACUCGGAACCUGAGCUAUGACUACAAUAAGUGACGUUUAACGUUUAUUUAGAAACGAUAUAGCCUAGAUUUACUGCUGGAGCGGCAGCAGCUGGGAGGCGCGUGUUUCUAACCCAGUGUCGCUUUAAAGGAACUCUCAUCACCUGCGUUUUUUUUUUUUAUUAUCAUCAUUAUUUCGUCUUUUUUUCAAUCUUCCAACAAUAAUCAUCUGUCAGCAGCAGCGGCAGCGGCGUCGGUUUCCAGUUAAUAAGAAGUGAGGAUGGAUUCUGCGGCAGCAGCCAUCCUGUUCCUGCUGAGCGCUCUUUGCGUCUCUGAUGGCGCGCCUUUCCCUCAGCCAGAGGAUGCCAUCGGUUACAGGGAUCCAUGCAGAGCUGCUGCCUUUUUGGGAGACAUUGCUCUGGAUGAAGAAGAUCUCCGCAUGUUUAAAAACAGCCAGAGCAGCAAUGAAGCACAACAUGCUGACCACACAAUCUCAGCCAGUAAUUCCUCUUCUAAUGAUCGAGCUCCAGACAACUUGAGCCCAAAUCGGCAGAAGAGAGCAGCCACCUCCAGGCCUGAGCGACUGUGGCCGGAUGGCAUCAUCCCAUAUGUGAUCAGCAGGAAUUUCAGUGGCAGCCAGCGGACAAUAUUUCGCCAAGCAAUGCGCCACUGGGAGAAACAUACCUGUGUGAUAUUUACUGAGAGGACAACUGAGGAGAGCUACAUUUUAUUUACCUACAGGCCUUGCGGAUGCUGCUCCUAUGUGGGGAGGAGAGGAGGUGGACCUCAGGCUAUCUCCAUCGGGAAAAACUGUGAUAAAUUUGGAAUCGUGGUUCAUGAACUUGGCCAUGUGAUCGGAUUCUGGCAUGAACACACUCGUCCUGACCGUGACGAGCACGUAAGCAUCGUCAGAGACAACAUCCAGUCAGGACAAGAGUAUAAUUUCAUGAAGAUGGAGCCUGGAGAGGUGAACUCUCUGGGAGAGGUCUAUGACUUUGGGAGUAUCAUGCAUUAUGCAAGGAACACCUUCUCCAGAAGCGUCUUCUUGGACACGAUCUUGCCUCGCUACGAUGUCAAUGGUAUUCGGCCACCCAUUGGACAGAGGACAAGGCUCAGCAAAGGAGACAUUGCUCAAGCCCGCAAGCUCUACAAAUGUGCAAAAUGUGGAGACAGCCUGCAGGAAAGUGCUGGAAAUCUUUCUUCUCCUGGUUUUCCAAAUGGAUACUCUGCCUACACUCACUGCGUUUGGAGGAUUUCUGUCACACCAGGAGAAAAGAUUGUCCUUAAUUUUACGUCCAUGGAUCUCUUCAGGAGUCAUCUCUGCUGGUACGAUUAUGUGGAAGUUCGAGACGGGUACUGGAGAAAGGCUCCUUUGAAAGGCCGUUUUUGUGGGGACACCAUUCCAGAUCCGAUCAUCUCCAACGAUAGUCACCUUUGGAUCGAAUUCAGAAGCAGCAGCAAUUGGGUGGGCAAAGGCUUUUCAGCUUUGUAUGAAGCCAUCUGUGGAGGAGAGUUGAAGCAAGACAAUGGUCAGAUUCAGUCCCCCAACUAUCCAGAUGAUUACCACUCCAACAAAAUGUGUGUCUGGAAGAUCACAGUGGCAGAGGGUUUUCAAGUCGGCCUCAUCUUUCAGUCAUUUGAGAUUGAGAAGCAUGACACCUGCGCCUACGACUUUGUGGAAGUGAGGGAUGGCGGUUCUGACAGCAGCCCGUUACUAGGCCGGUUCUGUGGCUACGACAAGCCAGGGAACCUUCAGAGCAGCUCCAACCAGCUCUGGCUGAAGUUUGUAUCUGAUGGCUCCGUUAACAAGGCGGGGUUUGCUGCCACUUUUUUAAAAGAGGUGGAUGAGUGCUCCAGACCUGACAACGGGCACUGUGAGCAGCGCUGCGUGAACACGCUGGGCAGCUACAGAUGCGUCUGCGACCCUGGCUAUGAGCUGGCAGCAGACAAACGCAGCUGUGAGGCAGCUGCAUGUGGCGGAUUCAUCACCAGCCUGAACGGGUCCCUAUCCACCCCAGGCUGGCCCAAAGAGUACCCCCACAACAAGAACUGUGUGUGGCAGCUGGUGGCUCCUGUUCAGUACAGAAUCACCCUGGUCUUUGAUGGCUUUGAGACAGAAGGCAACGAUGUCUGUAAGUACGACUACGUUGAGGUGCGCAGCGGUCUGAGCUCCGACUCCAAGAUCUACGGCAAGUUCUGCGGCACGGAGAAACCUGACGUCAUCACCUCUCUUCAGAACAACAUGAGGAUUGAGUUCAAGUCAGACAAUACUGUGUCCAAGAGAGGCUUCAAGGCCCACUUCUUCUCUGAUAUAGAUGAGUGCUCCACAGGUAACGGAGGCUGCCAGCAUGAAUGUGUGAACACCUUUGGGAGCUACAGAUGUCAGUGCCGCUCUGGGUUUAUGCUGCAUGAUAAUAAUCAUGACUGCAAGGAAGCUGGGUGUGAUCACUUUGUAAACACCAUAUCCGGCACAAUCAGCAGUCCCAACUGGCCUGACAAUUAUCCCAGUAAGAAGGCCUGCACCUGGUCUCUGUCCACGACGCCAGGCCACCGGAUCAAACUCAUUUUUAAUGAGGUCGACAUGGAGGCUCAUCUAGAGUGUGCCUACGACCAUCUGGAGAUCUUUGAUGGCGAAGAUGUUCGUGCGCCUACGUUGGGACACUUUUGUGGCAACAAACUGCCUGCUCCAAUUUUAUCCAGCAGCAGCAAAAUGUUCCUGAGGUUUUUCUCUGACAACUCUGUGCAAAAGAGAGGUUUUGAGGCUUCAUACAACACAGAAUGUGGAGGAAACCUUAAAGCAGAGGUCAGGACAAAAGACCUGUACUCUCAUGCACAGUUUGGAGAUAACAACUACCCUGGAGGCUUCGACUGUUUGUGGGUGCUCACCGCCGAGAAGGGUUACGGAGUUGAGAUCAUCUUUCAAGUGUUUGAGAUUGAAGAAGAGGCAGACUGUGGCUAUGAUUAUCUAGAGUUGUACGACGGCGCUGACAUAAAGUCUCCCAGACUGGGGCGAUACUGUGGAUCGGGGGCUCCAGAGGAUGUCUAUUCAGCCGGAGAUGCCAUUCUGUUAAAGUUCCACUCAGACGACAGCAUCAGUAAAAAAGGCUUUCAUGCACGCUACACCAGUACAAAGUUCCAGGACACGUUACACACCAGCAGUUAGGCCAAAUCACAAACUCCCAUCUGGGUCACACCCAUUUCCAGGCGACUAGUAAAUUCUGGGCUUUGUACCACAAAUACCACCCCACAUAUUUUACAUCUGUAAUGUUAAUUGAAACCAUACAGAAAAAUCUUCCUGCCUUCACUUUCAGAGCGGUUUAGUUUUAUCAGAGAUGAGGAAAUCAUUUCCAUUUAUAAACAUAUUAUAGAAACACACUGGAUUAAUAUUAAAAUAUAAGUUGCUAUUAGCCAAGACUUUAAAAAACAAUUAAAGGAUGGAAAGAGUCAGCUUGGAAAAAUGUGUUAUUCAGUAUAUUUGCAUUUCCUAAUGGAAGAACUAUGCUGUCUUCCUAAAUGUUGUUGUUGUUGUUGUUUUUUCUUUAUUUGUUUUAAUGUGUUCAAUGGAUACCAUGUACAAAAGAAACUGGGACGCCCAAGGUGAAACGCAUUUUAUUGAUAUUUAAUAUCACAACUAUUUAGACAUUUUUUUGCUGAAAAUUUCAGUUCUCUUUUCUAGUUGUGCUCUGACAUCAACUGCAGCAAGUUAAAAAGGAGACGUGAAGCUUUAGAAAGGAAUGCAAUUCCAGAAUUUUACAUGUGUUGAUUGCAAACAAGCAAAUACUUCUAAAAAGUUUUUAUGAGGUCUGCAGUUAAAAAAAGAAAUAUAGCUGGAAAUGGCUAAUUCUGAUCAACAAUCAGUAUAAAUGCUCUGCAGGAUGUUUCCAGUGUAUAACGUUCAUUGUAAUGGCAUCUUAAAUAAAUGAUGCCCUAAUGAUGUGAACACAACAUUUUCUAAAUAAAGCGUUCCUGCGGAGACUUGGGGAUCA